AAGUGGCUAUGGCCUGUGUCUGUGAAACAACAAGGAGAGCGGGAACGCGUUGCGUACACCUCACAUCCUCCUCCUCUACAUAAGCGCCCUCGCAUCCCAUUCUUUGCAGACUCAACAAGCAUUCCACUCACACCUCAUCGUUUCUCUCUCUAGAUCUCUGUUUCUUCUUUUUCUCCAACCUUCGUUUCACCACCACACUUACAUUACUUUGUCGAAAUGGCUCCACCAAUUGAGACCCCAAACAAGGUUUCCAGCUAUCAACAGUCCCCAAACCCUCGUCUUAACGAGAGGAUUCUUUCAUCCAUUUCCAGGAGACACGUUGCUGCACACCCGUGGCACGAUCUUGAGAUAGGACCCGAAGCUCCAAAGAUCUUCAACUGUGUGGUCGAAAUAGGGAAAGGAAGCAAGGUGAAAUAUGAACUUGACAAAAGAACUGGACUUAUUAUGGUUGAUCGUAUACUUUACUCAUCAGUUGUUUAUCCUCACAACUAUGGGUUUAUUCCACGUACUAUUUGUGAGGACGGUGAUCCCAUGGAUGUCUUGGUUAUUAUGCAGGAGCCAGUUCUUCCGGGUUGCUUUCUUCGGGCCAAAGCUAUUGGUCUCAUGCCUAUGAUUGAUCAGGGUGAGAAAGAUGACAAGAUAAUUGCUGUCUGUGCUGAUGAUCCUGAGUAUAGGCAUUACAAUGAUAUCAAGGAGCUUCCUCCACACCGUUUAGCUGAAAUUCGUCGUUUCUUUGAAGAUUACAAGAAGAAUGAGAACAAGGAAGUUGCAGUGAACGACUUUCUUCCUGCCUCAGCUGCCUAUGAAGCGAUCAAGCAUUCCAUGACCUUAUAUGCGGAAUACGUUGUGGAGAACUUGAGGCGGUAGUGUUGAUUCCUGGGUGCUUGGAAUUUUGUUUGGUUGUGAAGACAUACAUUACAUGUAUUCAAAGGCUGCUAUUAUAAUUACGAUUAUGACGAUAACAAAAGCUUUCUAUCCUUGUCGCGUGUGCAUUGGUCUCAGGGCUGCAACAUGCAUAUUCUACACAUGUGCUUAGUUUUGAGUGAAUGAUUUUUUCAUUUAUUAAUAUCAAAGUUUUAUUAUUGUAGCUCACUCUACCAAAUAUUUGGAGCAUAUGGGAUUCUUACAUCUUAUAUAAAGCAUUUUUACAACAAAUAUUAGUACUAUGUUUUGUGCUUAUU